AUGGAUCGAAGUUGGAUAACAACAACAAAAUUGGGUGACCCAAAAUACAAAGCUGGGGUUAUGGAAUUCCUUACAUUUGCUUUGGAAAAUAACACUGAAGGUCAUGAUAAGUUGCCUUGUCCUUCUUAUGUCUGUCAUAAUCUUAUGCAUCACAAACCUAAUGUAAUACUGAGCCACUUGAGUAAAUGGGAAUUUGAUACAACAUAUACUUGUUGGUAUCGUUAUGGUGAAAAAAGGGAAGAAACUUCUGGUCAUCAAAGCCACAAUACUAAUGAGGGUGAUAGAAUGGAGGACGUGAGGUAUCAAUUUCAGGGAGGAGUUGAUGAGGAUCCUGAAGUGAUAGAACAACUACUGACCGAUUCUGAGAAGCCUUUAUACGAAGAUAGUGAGCACACACAAUUAUCAACUAUACUUAAGCUUUAUAAUGUGAAGGUGGGUUAUGGUGUGACAGAUCAAUGUUUUACGGCGUUUCUCAAGGUGUUCAAAGCCAUACUUCCUGCAGGCAAUAUUUUGCCGGGUGCUUCAUAUAAGGCAAAAAAGAUGUUGCACACAACGGACUUGCGUUAUGAAAAAAUUCAUGCUUGCCCUAAUGAUUGCAUAUUGUAUCGAGGUGACUAUGAAUCUUUAAAGAAUUAUCCUGAGUGCAAUGUCUCGAGGUACAAGAAACAAAAGGAAGGAAUUCCGGCUAAGGUUUUGUGGUACUUUCCAAUAAUAUCAAGGUUCAAAAGAAUGUAUUCAGAUGCAGGAGAUGCGGAGAUGUUAACAUGGCAUAAAUUUGGUCGGAAAAAAGAUGAUGGGUUAUUAAGACACCCAGCUGACUCUCCGCAAUGGAAAUUUAUUCAUGGAAAAUUCAGUGAUUUUGGUAAAGAAGAACGAAAGCUACGCCUUGGAUUGUCUACUGAUGGUAUGAAUCCAUAUGGUUCUUUUAGUAGCAUCCAUAGUACUUGGCCGGUCAUGUUGGUAACGUACAAUUUAUCUCCUUCCUUGUGUAUGAAAAGAAAGUAUAUUAUCUUGUCAAUGCUUAUUUCUAGGCCAAAACAACCGGGAAAUGACAUCGAUGUGUACUUGGCACCUCUUAUUGACGAUUUAAAGUUGUUGUGGGAGAAAGGUGUUGAAGUAUUCGAUGCUAGUCGGAAUGAAAUGUUCAAUUUAAGAGCCAUGUUGUUCUGCACUAUCCAAGAUUAUCCAGCGUAUGUAAAUCUUUCUGGUUAUACCGUGAAAGGGGAAUGUGCCUGUCCUAUAUGUGAAGAUAGUUUGAAGGGGAAAUGGUUAUUAGCAUCGAGAAAGUAUGUCUACUUUGAUCAUCGUCCAUUUCUUCCUCCUGAUCACCAGUACCGCAAAUUGAAAAAGGCGUUUAAUGGGGAACAAAAUUUUGAAAGUUGCCCAAAAGUCUUUACUAGCCAAGAAGUGUUUGACAAGGUAAAAGACAUUAAAAUUACAUUUGGAAAGUUGAAGAAAAAUAAAGAUGCCCUUCCUAAACAGGGAUACAAAAAGUGUUCUGGUUUUUGGCGUCUUCCUUAUUGGAGAUUUUUAUUUGUGCGACAUUCUCUAGAUGUGAUGCAUAUCGAAAAAAAUGUGUUUGAUAGUCUGAUUGGCACAUUAUUGAAUAUUGAUAAGAAGACAAAAGACGGUCCUAAGGCUCGAGAUGACUUGAAGAAAUGGAAUAUUAGAAAUGAGUUACAUGUUGUUGAGGAGACCGGAGAACGGAAGUAUAUACCCCCUGCUGCCUAUACAUUGUCCAAAAAGGAGAAAGUCGAGCUUUGUUCUUCCUUAGCUGGAGUUAAAGUGCCUGAGGGUUAUUCUUCAAACAUUUCUUCGCUUGUUUCAGUGGAGAAUUUGAAACUCAUGGGGCUGAAGUCUCAUGAUUGCCAUGUUCUGAUGGAAGAUUUCUUACCUAUUGCAAUUCGUUCAAUUUUGCCUAAAAAUGUACCGUAUACCAUUAUUAGGUUAUGUUGUUUCUUCAAGGCAAUAUACAGUAAAGUCAUUAAUCCUAAAGAAUUGGAUUAUUUAGAGAUUGAAAUUGCCGUCAUUUUGUGCCGGUUGGAGAUAUCAUGUGAAGACAGUAGGGCUUCCUCUUCUCGACACAAUGGUCGAUUUGAUGGUAUGGGAACUAUAGGCCGUAGAGAUCAUGAUAUGUCUCUUGACAAGUGGCACAUGGCCCACACAUAUAUUCUUUUUAAUGAAGAUGAAGUUGCACCGUAUGUCAACCGACACAUGUCUUUCUUGAAGGCGCGGAACCGAAAGGCUAACCCGAAAGCAUUAGCUACAGAACAUAGUAAAUCAUUUCGUUUUUGGUUCAAAGAUCAACUAAUGAAAGAACAACCUGUUUCUGAGAGACUUAGGAGUUUGUGCUAUGGUCCUGAUUUCCGUGCCUCAUUUUUCUUUGCAUAUGUUGUUAAUGGUUGUACAUUCUAUACGCGGGACCAAGAUGAUAAAAGUACUAUGCAAAACAGUGGGGUAUCUCUCGAAGCUGAAGCAAUGUAUUUUUCAAGUUCUAAAGACAAUCGUCCUGUCUAUAGUUAA